AUUUAAACAAACUUGAAACUCCUUCCAUUUUCUUCAACUUCAUCAUCUCAUUAUUAACACUCUUCUCUUUUUAUUUUAAAAAAAGAAAAUAUCAUAUCAUAAUAGUUAGUAGGAAGAAGAAAGAAAAAAAAUGGAACUUUCUCAACUUGGUUUUCUAGAUGAGCUACUAGCUCCAAGAAAAGACACAUGGAAUGCUUUAUCAACAACUGGUUUGAAUGAGUUACUACUCCCUACUUGUUGUUACACCUUUGACUCUUUUGAUGAAAAUCUACUCAACAAUCCAUCUUUGAAUCCUUCUUUUGCUUCAUUCUCAACACCAUUAGACCAUAGAUUUGAAUGUUCUUAUGGAACUGAUGCUACAACACCAUCAUACCCUUUUGUUGAUGCUUUUACUGUGCCGGAGUUUGAUGAGUCAGCACCACUUUUACCUUCAAUGGAGGAUGAAGCUUUUGGUGGAUUUCUUGGAACUGAGAGUAACAAGAGUUUUGAACAAACUAAAAUCAACUGCAAAGUUGAGGAACAUGUUAAUGAGAUUCCUGUCUUUAACAUGGGUUUGUGUGGUGAGAAGAAGCAGAAAUCUAAAAGGGUUGAAGGACAGCCUUCUAAGAAUCUUAUGGCUGAAAGAAGGAGAAGAAAGCGUUUGAAUGAUAGGCUUUCUAUGUUAAGGUCAAUUGUCCCUAAGAUCAGCAAGAUGGACAGGACAUCAAUUCUUGGAGAUACUAUUGAUUACAUGAAAGAGCUUCUAGAAAGGAUUGGUAAGUUGCAAGAAGAAGUGGAAGAUGGAACAAAUCAGAUUAACCUUUUGGGAAUUUCUAAGGAGCUAAAGCCAAAUGAAGUCAUGGUAAGAAAUUCACCCAAGUUUGAUGUUGAGAGGAGAGACCAGGAUACAAGGAUCAGCAUUUGCUGUGCCACAAAACCAGGAUUGUUACUGUCAACUGUGAACACAUUAGAAGCAUUAGGCCUUGAGAUUCAUCAGUGUGUUAUAAGCAGUUUCAAUGAUUUUUCAUUGCAAGCAUCUUGCUCAGAGGCAGCUGGUCAGAGAAAUUGUAUGAACCCUGAAGAGAUAAAGCAAUCACUAUUCAGGAAUGCAGGUUAUGGUGGAAGAUGUCUCUAAGGAGAAAGAAGAAAUGCUGAUAUAACUAUUUGCAGAUGAUGAAAAAGAGGCAAAAUUUUCCCCUUGUGAAGUUCAAGGAAUUAGGGUGUUAAAAAGUUGUAAUGAGAUUCCAAAAAUAAGUUGUGGCUUUUUGAUUGAUGCAUUCAAUCUUAAUGCUUUGCCCUGUAUUUAACAUACACUACUAGGGUAACUUUAGAACUAGCUUAGCUUCACUUUCCCUUUGUGAUAAAAAUCCACCUUUUCAGUAGCAAUUGAUAAUGGAAAGUUGUUGCCAAACAUAAGUGGAGAAUCAAACUGUUUUUAAAUAGAUUCCUGAAUAUGCUUCUCUUUUCAAAUUC